UCUGAAGUUCUCUGUCUAUGACAAAACCGACGGGUGACGCCGCCGAUUAUUGACCUCCACCAAUAUGGUUUCACUAACAAUGAUCGCUCGGGUAUCGGACGGACUGCCGCUCGCUGCGUCAAUACAGGAGGAUGAACAGUCAGGAAGAAACCUCCAGCAUUACCAGAGCCAAGCCAAGCAGCUGUGCCGUAAACUGAAUGCUCAGAGUCCAGACCGCUGUACCCUGGAGGCCGGGGACAUGAACUUUCACUAUUUAAUAGCUAAGGAUGUAUGCUACCUGUUCCUCUGUGAGGCUUCAUUUCCCAGAAAGGUUGUGUUUGCAUACCUUGAAGACCUCCACAGUGAGUUUCAUGACCAGUACGGGAGAAGAGUGCCCACAGUAACGAGGCCAUACUCUUUCAUCGAGUUUGACACAUACAUUCAGAAAACAAAGAAGUCAUACAUUGACAGCAGGUUCAGGAGGAACCUGGGCAGUAUUAACACAGAGCUGCAGGAUGUCCAGAGAAUUAUGGUGGCAAAUAUUGAGGAAGUUCUGCAAAGAGGAGAAGCUCUUUCUGCUCUAGACACAAAAGCCACCAAUCUAUCCUCCCUGUCGAAGAAGUACCGCAGUGAUGCCAAAUAUCUAAACACCCGCUCCACGUAUGCAAAGGUGGCUGCUGUGGCCGUGUUCUUCAUCACACUAAUCAUCUAUGUGCGUUUCUGGUGGCUCUGAUAGACUCUUAAACAAGGACUAUGACAUAAGGGAGAGGGUGUUCCUUUUUGCUAAGCGUUUAAACAGAUACUGUUACAUUUCUAUUACAUACCAGGAUGCCUUAAAGUGGUCAUAUACAGUCUAUCCCUACUGAAGGUAGAAAUUCUGCUUUGCAUUAUACUGCUUGAUAUGUAUUCAGCAUAAACUGAGCCAUAGGUCUGUGAUGGGACUUAAAUUUCUUCUCUCUGUAUGGAAGCAAAUGCUCCAUGGUGAGUUCACGUAGCUCUGUUAACUGGAAUAUUAAGGGCGGGGUGUUGCUAAAUUAACGUUUACACACUGGUAUAGGGAGUUUCAGCAUUAAGGAGAAACUAUGUAUGCAGAGGUUUUGUAAAAAGUCUUAUUACUGUGAUAAAAUGUUUAUUGUUCAGAAAGUUUA